UUUACGCUUAAAAGACCCGUCCGUGUCCAUCCCAUACUGGGCGUCGAACAUGGACGCAGAAAUGGACGACCCUACAAAGUCUAUCAUCUGGUCGGAAAAGUUCCUAGGCAACGGGGACGGCUUUGUGACCACGGGACCCUUUGCAAACUUCAAGGCACAUACAUCGGAUUCCAUUCUUAUGAGAAACAUCGGGGUUUCCGGUUCUCUAAUGACUAACGAGGGAAUACACGGUGUGCUCUCGCAAAACAGAACAGCGGAUAUAUCCAAUCCGCGAGCUCCAAAACAAAAUAACUUAGAAUUGCAGCACAACACGGUCCAUGCGUGGAUUGGUGGAAACAUGGACGACCUGAGUCAAAGCUGCGAGGACCCGGUGUUUUAUAUGCACCACGCGUUCGUAGAUUAUUUAUGGGAGGAGUUCCGAACGCGUCAGAAAAUGGUAGGCAUUGAUCCCGAAACGGACUAUCCUGAUAUCGAUUGGGGCGAACACCAGCACGCUCCGGAUGCCCCACUUGGGUUCGGGGACCUUAGAAACAUCGAUGCUCUAAGUAACGUGUUCGCGGAUCUUGUCAAAUACGACCCAUCGCCCGUCUGCACAAGGACGCACCCGACGUGUAUUUCAAAGUUUCUCCGCUGUGACGCGUCCAGAGCGUACCCCGUGUGCGUGAGUUUGUCUCGCGAGGAGCUGAACAGUGAAACGGAGCGACCCAGCGAGCUUUGCGUGGAGGCGCAAAUGACUCGUGCUGUACAGAACAGCUUCUCGAUUAAUCUACACUGUGAUGUGCGGAAAUGGGUAUAUAUACCUGUGAAAAUAGUGUUGCAGAGACCUCCCGAGUUCUCGAAUUACAAGGCAUACCCGGUGUUAAAUAAUGAGCCCGUCCGGAAUACAGACGUGUUUUCUACAAUAUCUAUCGAUAAGAACAUAAGUCAUCAUCUGGCUGCGUAUCCGAACUGUAAAAUAACAAGUUCGGCAGCAAGAAAAAUAUUUAUUGAGUCUAAUGGUCUGAACUAUUACGGCAAAUACAAGGAUUUUACCAUUCUUGAUCAAAGACAUGCUCUGUCGUCUGCGACGACUUACUUAGGUGUGAAAUCACCAGAAUCUAAUCACACUGAUGUGAUAGUGACAGCUUUCGAUUACUGCGGGCGCACGUGUCGCCCUUUUUGUCUCGACAUAACCGUGUCUCCGCCAAAGUCUAGGCCCUGUUCCGGCGUCAUUCGCGUCACGGAAGACGAACCGAAACAAUAUGGCCACAAUUACGCGGAAGCUGUUAACAUGCGUUGGAGUGCCAGCGGACCGGAUGAGCUUCCUGAAGAGGCUCCUUUCCACUUCAUUACGUUUUACUGUGAUUACUCGGGCCAUUGGCCGUGGGACGAAAGCAUACAAAGAAGCGUUCAUGGUUCUAAAAAUAUAUUUAACACACCACAAUUAAGAGAGUCGUUUGAUGGUCAUUUUCAGGAGAAGAUUCCUGGUAUUAAUUCGCCUCCUCCUCAGUUCCCCCAUUCUCAUUCCCAUUCCACUCGUCUUCUUCCGCCACCAUCUCUUCUUCCCCCUACUGGCCCACAAGCUGUGUCUAAAUCACAAAAUGAUAAAAACGAAAGCGCUAAAUUCACAAAGCCGCUUAUUAAAACUUCACCGAGAAUAACUAUUAUACGUGCUAAAAGCCGUCGGCCUGAUCCCAAACAGGAAAUCUCUUUACCAGCUAUUCAAGCAGCGGUCAGUGCGACACGAAUUCCGAAUAUCAGAACUUUAAACUUAAGUAGCGCAACAAGCAGGCCAGCAGGUCAGCUACACCGGCGUCAACAACACCCGGUACCACAGCAAUCGCUCCGCCAAUUUCAUCUAUCUCAAACCACGCCGUGGAACAUUGCAACUCCGUUAAGCCAACCCGCCGUUGUCAACACGCGACAGGAACGGCUGUCCACAUUCACAGCACCUACCUCAUCGAAUAGAUUGUUCAAUCAGGAACGCUUCAGCGACUUCCUGUCACAGUCGCCACAACGAGCGCCGGACAUGAUUGCUUUUAGAGAUGGCUGUCGCCUCAACAGAGCGUGUCAGCUCGCGAUGUCGUGUUCCCCGUGCAGACACAAGGCGCGCCAGCCCUGCCUCCCGCCCAGUCGCUUGGUGGCAAUUUGUCUUAAUGGCGUAUAUACUGUCGAGAACAGAUUUGUAGAGUUCACCGGUUAAAGUGUGUUUGCCUGUGGGCUUUAUGUUAUUUCUUUCGAGCAAGAACAUAAGAAAUCGAAAUGAAAUGUUGACAGUGAUGGGGUGUAUGCGCCAAACGACUAAAUUAAGUAUGACAAAUAGCGCCUCAGAGUGGGGAAUUUUUUUUAUAUCGGUUUGGAGCUUCGCACAACUCGAUUGAUUAUUUUAAAACUCACGACUGACGAAAUAAGUUCCUGUUGGUGCGUCACGAGUACUAUUACCACGUGCUUUCUUUGCGCAGUGCAUCGAUAUUUGUAAAUAAUAAAUCAUCAUAAUAAAUAAUGGGUACUUAAUUGAGUUUAAUUUAAUUAGGUGGUUAAUUAGGUUACUGCGACAAUGUUUUAUAGCCCACUACAUCAUUUUAAGGAUUUUUAAGUUAAAAAUUGUCUGAUUCGGUGAGUUUUAAUGGCAAACCUGUUGAAACAUUUCACGAAAUUACGUAUUUUGAUUUUAAUACAUAACAGUCUAGAAUAAGAAAACACAAUUAAACAUAAGUUGAUUAUGUAAAUAAACAAUAGUAAGAUAAUACCUACGUAUUGUUGAUUCGGCUGGUAUGCAUACGCAUUUGAUUUUUUUAGUAAGAGAUCUAUUAAGGUAGCGCACCCCUAAUGAUUUCCCGCGAUUUCUUCGAAGGAUGAAGAGCUUAAUAUUAGGUGCCGUAGCCUAGUGGUUAAGGCGAUAGACUAGAAAUCUUUUGGGAUAUUCCCUCGCAGGUUCGCAUCUUGCCGACGACGUAAACUUUUUUUGCGACGCGUUUUAUUUCUUUUCUAACGUAAUUUGAUUGAAUAUGGCAUAUAAGCUAUGUUUAUUGUUAAUUAUGUUGCAAAUUUUAUGCACAUUCUUCAAUUUUUAAAAUUAAAGCAACGUUAUGGCUAAAUUGGGUGAUUUACUGCUGAAAAAUACGAACCAUGCAUGUUGCAUUUUUAUUUUUAUUUCAAACAGUAAGCGGUGAAUCUG